AUGGCACCUUGCACCUCGCCCUCUGGCGACGUGUACGACCAGCUCGCCGCGCUCCUCUCGCCUCCCGGCGCAUACCCUGCUGCGCGCUACCGGUCCUCGUCUGAAAUCGCGGACGGACAGAAACGCAUCCGCCGCAUCAUCCUCACAGAAGGCAUCCCCGAGCCCGAUGGCCGUCCGUCCCUCCGCCCACGCAUUUGGAAACUUUUGCUCAAAGUGGACCACCUCGGGGCAGAAGAUUACCUGCGCUAUGUCGGCCUCGGCCCGUCAGCCGUCUCCUUAAAGAUCAAGGAGGACACGAACCGCACCUUUCGCACCGACAGCCUAUUUCAAGGACGUGUACAGGAGGAGAUGCUGAUCCGGCUACUGGAAGCGUUCGCGUGGAAGAGCCAGUGCACGACGGGGGAGAGGAGCUUCACUUAUGUCCAGGGGAUGAACGCGCUCGCCGCCCCGUUCUUGUAUGUGAUGCCAUCACAGCUCGAGGCGUUUGCGUGCUUCGCCGCCCUUGUCGAGCGCGGUAUUCCUCAGUUUGUCCUGGGCACUAAUACCGAGGGCGCGAUUCGUGGUGCCGAGAUCCUCGACAAAUGUCUCCGCAUCGUCGACCCCGAGCUCGAAGACCACCUUCGAGGCUGCCAUCUCACAGGCCAGAUCUACGCCUUUCCCUCCGUGCUGACCAUGUGCGCGUGCACGCCGCCGUUAGAGGAGGUCAUCCGGCUCUGGGACUUUCUCCUCGCCUUUGGCGUGCACCUCAACAUUCUGUGUAUCAUUGCACAGCUCCUCCUCAUCCGCGAGGACCUGAUGGCGACCAAGUCGCCAAUGAAGCUCCUGCGCACGUUCCCGCCGCUGAAAGCGCGCGCCGUCAUAGGCAUCACGCUCGCGCUCGUCAAGGACAUCCCAGAGGACGUGUACAAGGAGCUUGUCGCGCACCCCGUGCAUCCGGUGCACAUUGCGCCAUUACCGCCUGGGAUGUAG